UGUGCUGCGAUCAAGCCUUGAGGGAAAAAGGUGUAUUCACGGACGUGCCGGAAGUCACGUACAUGUGACGAUCCCUCACUGUACAUAUGCUGCUUCUCAUUUGGGUUACUGCUUCUCAACCAUCACACUGCUGUCUAUCCAUGCUACUGCUGUCUAUCCAUGCUACUGUUCGACUUGUAUCUGGCUCCUUCAUCCUUGUCAAUAAAACCAUUUGACAUCGAGGAGUGUAUUUCUUCAUUAAGGAGCCAUGGUGGUCGUCAGAUGCUCCGUUCCAGCCUGCACAUUCGCCACCGACGACGUGUCUGAGGCUCUCGCCGUGGCGCUGCUGGCAAACCAUGGCCUGGCCCAUCAGAGCCGGACCGAACCCGCUGCGCCCGUUCGGGCCCCGGGCCUGCCUGGCCCUGCGCAGGAUCGACCGAGAGUGGAUGUCGGCAUGUCCAUCGAGGAAUGGAACGUCUUUACACGCCGCUGGGACCUCUUCCGCGCUGGCUCGGGGCAUAGGCGAUGCCCAGGCCCCCUUCCAGCUGUUUCAGUGCGCCGGCCUGGAACUUGGGGACAGUUUGCUAAAGGCUAACCCGGAUGCUGCUACUGGACCAGUUGAGACUCUGCUGGCUGCCAUUCGCUCUCUGGUGGUGAUACCGGUUGCCACAUGCGUUCUGAGGACUGAACUGCUUCAACUACGCCAGGAUCGUGACGAGCCCUUUCGUGCAUUUGCCGCCAGGGUGCGUGGCAAGGCAGAAACCUGCGCCUACAACGCUGUGUGUGGAUGCAGGCAGUCAGUUGACUAUUCUGAUCAUAUUAUUUGUGAUGUACUGAUUAAUGGGAUUAAUGACUCUGAUAUACGAAGGGACAUGUUGGGGACUCAUGAUGUUCUGUGUAAGUCUGUUAAUAAUAUUAUAUCACUGGUGGAGAACAGAGAAAUGGCUCGCAACGCCCUCCCCUCCUCCAGCCUGUCAGCUAUGUCCUCGUUCAGGCGCAGACAAGCGAUGCUACCAUCAGGGCCUGCUUCCUCUCCGGCCCCACCAAACAGGUCUGCUAAGGCUAUAUGCCCUGAUUGUAAAAUGUCUUUCUGUGUUUUUUCUGAGGGAUCUCGGGGCUGGAACACCAAGCCUCAUCGGAUGUGUGCAGACUGCUUCCGGGCCCGGAAGAGACGGGCACGGCAACAGCCACACAUGGACGGACAACAAGCUGCUGUAGGCCAUGACGUGAUUUUGCAGGUCUCAUCCGUCACGUCGGGCGUCUGCUCUAAUGGACGCCGCAGAGACAGGCACCGACCACGCACCUUGGGGACGCGUAGCUGCAGUGAUGGGCCCACGCCGAUCAGGCUCAGCCAUCACAUCUUCUCCAAGGGCGAAUGGCGGCGUGCAAAGCUCAGGGACCACCCCCGAGUGCCCAUCUCCAUCCAGAUUGAUGAUAAGGUGAGGUUCACUAGUAGAGCCGGUGCCAGAUGCCCGGCUGCAGAGGCCACCGUGUCCGCCAUUGCAGACACGGGGGCUCAGUCGGACUUGUGGUCCCUGGAGGAGUUUCUGGCGUGCGGUUUUGCGCGCAGCGACCUCCACCCGGUGGUCCUAAACCUCUCAGCGGCGAACAGCUCCCCCAUUGACAUUGAGGGCGCCUUGUUUGCCAAACUAUCCACUACUGCCCCUGGUGGUGAGGUGGUGUCCUGCCACGCAAUGAUAUAUGUUAGCAGGUCAGUUCACGCGAUGUACCUCUCGUAUGACUCUCUGCUCAGCCUCGGCCUUCUGCCUAGUGGGUUCCCAUCGUGUACGAGUGGGGGCAACUCGCCAGUGGGCCAUGACCUUGAAGCCGCCAGCCGUUGCGGUGGGCACACCAAAGUCUCAUGCCUGGGAGAAGUCUGUGACGGAGGCAUGGCUUCCCAUUAUGUGGCUUGUUGCUCAUGUCCUCAAUGCAGCGCCCCGCCUCCGCGCCCCGCGGAGCUGCCAUUCCCAUGCUCCCCAGAGAAUAAUCACUGUAUGAAGGCAUGGCUGCUUGACAGGUACGCACCUUCAACAUUCAACACUUGCCCCCAUCGGCCACUACCAUGCAUGGAAGGUCCACCCAUAGAAAUACACGUUGACCCGGUGGCAACGCCAAAGACGUGCCACACCGCAGCGGCCUUGCCUUUACAUUGGCAACAGAGGGUACAUGAUGACCUACCUCGGGACGAGUCCCUGGGUGUCAUUGAACGUGUCCCGUAUGGCGAACCAGUGACCUGGUGCCACCGGAUGGUGGUCACCCAGAAGCACGACGGAACCCCCCGUAGGACAGUCGAUAUCUCACCUCUUAACAAAUUCUGCAAACGUGAGACUUUCGCAACCGAGUCCCCAUUCCACCUGGCGCGCCGGAUCCCGAAAGGGACCUGGAAGACUGUCACCGACGCCUGGAAUGGGUAUCACAGCGUGCCCCUGCGCGAGUCAGACCGUCAUCUCACUACCUUCAUCACUCCCUUCGGCCGCUGGCGUUACACCAGGGCCCCACAGGGCUUUCUGUCGUCUGGCGAUGGCUACAAUUGCCACUUUGAUGCGAUCCUCUCCGACUUUGAACGGAAGGAAAGGUGCGUGGAUGAUACCAUUCACUAUGACACUGACCUUAACACUCAUUGGUGGAGAACAAUCGACUUCCUGACGCACGUUGGCCAAUCCGGCAUCGUGUUGAACCCAUCGAAGUUUCAAUUUGCUGAGAGGGACGUUGAUUUUGCUGGUUUCAGGGUCCCUGAUGCUACAAUCGAGCCCCUCCCGAAGUACCUGGCAGCCAUCAGGGACUUCCCCACGCCUACUUCGACCACGGACAUCAGGAGCUGGUUUGGUCUGGUCAAUCAGGUGGCCAACUACGCACAGCUGCGUGACAUAAUGGCACCAUUUAAGUCCUUUCUGAGCCCUCGAUGCAGAUUUGUGUGGUCACCCGAGUUAGAGGCAGCAUUUCAGGCAUCCAAGUUGGCCAUCGUGGACUCUAUCCGGGCAGGCGUAGAGAUCUACGACAUGGAGAGGCGCACUUGUCUCCGCCCAGACUGGUCCAGGCGCGGCAUUGGAUACUUCCUCCUCCAGCAGCACUGCACCUGCAGCUCCGGUGUCCCUGGCUGCUGUCCGGAUGGAUGGAAGAUUACUCUGGCUGGCUCGCUUUCUCUCCUCCGCUGAGCAGCGAUAUGCCGCUAUUGAGGGGGAGGCCUUGGCUGUAGCAUGGGGUCUGGAGCAGACCAGAUACUUCAUGCAGGGGUGCGAUAACCUGGUCGUGGUCACCGACUAUAAGCCCCUGGUGAAGAUCCUUGGGGACCGGACAUUGGAUGAGAUAACUAACUCUCGCCUGUUCAGGCUCAAACAGCGCACACUCCCAUGGCGCUUUGACAUUGUACACUUGCCUGGCAAGAGCAACUGCGCUGCCGACGCAGCCUCCAGGUAUCCCUCGCCUUCUGGCUCUGAUGAGGGCCGCUGCGUGGGCGCAUGGAAUGUGACAGAUAGCGAGGAGUCGGGGCAUAUGGCGUCCAUUCGCAGCGACGCACUGGAGUCUGCUGCCAUUGCAUGGCCACUCCUUGCACAGGAGACCGCCGCGGACGCAUGCCUCUCCCACCUCCUGCACCUCAUUGAAGAUGGAGGCAGCAUUGACCCAAAGAACCCGGCGCUGGCCCGACCUGUCUAAGGUCUGUGAGUCAGUGUAUGCGCAAGAUUGGGUCCUGCUGUAUUGUGACCGCGUCGUUGUCACCACGUCCCUUCGUCGUGCGGUACUUCAGCACCUUCACGCCGCCCAUCAGGGCAAGUCGGCAAUGGAACGUCGGGCCUGCUCCAUCGUAUACUGGCCUGGGAUGUCUAACGACAUCCAGUUGACCAGGGAGCGAUGCGCAGACUGUAACCGCAAUGCCCCCUCGCAGGCGGCCACACCGCCCAUGCCGGCAUCACCGCCAUCCACGCCAUUUGAGGAGGUGUUCGCAAACUUCUUCAACUACAGGGGUCACCACUACCUGGUCGUUGGCGAUCGCCUCUCCGGCUGCGUGGAAGUCAUGAGCUCUCCCGCGGGCACCAAUCUCGGGGGCUCCAUUGGGCUUAUCCGUCACUUAAGGGCUUUCUUCACCACGUUUGGUGUGCCCGAGGAGUUGUCAAGCGACGAAGGUCCGGAGUUCUCAGCAGGGCGCACAGCGGACUUCCUCCGCUUAUGGUAGGUCAAGCACCGCAUGUCCUCGGUUGGGUUCCCCCAGUCUAAUGGAAGGGCGGAGGUGGCUGUCAAGACGGCGAAGCGCCUACUAGUCUCAAACACCGGUCCAACCGGGAGCCUUGACCAUGACCGCUUUCUGCAUGCGAUGUUGCAACUGCGUAAUACGCCUGACCCCGACUGUGACCUGUCGCCCGCGCAAAUCAUCUUUGGUCGCCCCCUUUGGGACUCACUGUCAUUUGUUAAUAGGCUGGAGAAGUUCUCUAGCCCUCACAUCCGUCCGCUCUGGCGUCAGGCAUGGGCGGCGAAGGAAGAGGCCCUCCGGACUCGGAUGGCCCGUACCACUGAGUCUCUGAGAGAACACGUACGACUGCUCCGCCCUCUCGUAGUCGGGGAGGCGGUGUUCCUCCAGAACCUAGUUGGCUGUAGCCCGCGGGCAUGGGACAGAUCUGGGGUGGUAGUAGAGUCACUAGGACAUGACCAGUACCGUGUCAGGGUCGAUGUGUCUGGCCGCCUCACCCUGCGCAACCGGCGCUUUCUCCGCGCCUUCACCCCAGCGACCCCUCGCACUCACCCGGAGAGCGCUGCGCCGCUGCCUGCGUCCAACGACGAGACACACAACUUAGGUCCCACCAGCCCGGGGUCAGCGGGACCCCUGCCAGAUCAGUUGCACAUACCACCCGAGCCCCGAGGCACAAACCCCGGCACUGCCCACUCGGUGCCGAAUCCUCCAGACGAAGCCAACUGGAACGCUGCCCCAGCGGCGCAGACCCCGGAACAGUGACCAUCACCCCCCUCCUCCCAGCCAGCGGGCUCCGGUAGAGUAAGGCGGCCACCCAAUCGGUAUGAACCUGAAACUGGCCAGUGGGUUAGGUCAUGAGUCCACUGCGCCGGUGUGUCACAUGGCUUCCUGGACUGGGGGGGAUGCAGAGGUCACUACUGGCCACUAGGGUGUGCUGCGAUCAAGCCUCGAGGGUGUGCUGCGAUCAAGCCUCGAGGGAAAAUGGUGUAUUCACGGACGUGCCGGAAGUCAAGUACAUGUGACGAUCCCUCACUGUACAUAUGCUGCUUCUCAUUUGGGUACUGCUGCUCAACCAUCACACUGCUGUCUAUCCAUGCUACUAAGUUCGACUAGUAUCUGUAAGUCUUCACCUGCUUGUUAAGCUAAUGUAUGGUUACAUUGUCAGUAUACACGCUAAGCCGCGCUGCAUUUAUUUACCCAUUUUGUCGCAUUGCUUAGCUUUGGUCUUCAGCCCAUGCUGCUGAUUCACGCUGCCGUUAGCUUCUGCUCACUCAGCUUUGUAUGUCGCCGCAGGGCUCCUUCACCCUUGUCAAUAAAACCAUUUGACAUC